AUGAAAAAAGAGAGGGUGUUAAAGAUAAGAGUCUAGAAAAGACCAUAACCUUAAAUACCUGAAGUAGACAUUAGAAACACCAAGGGAAUGGAUUCCUUCAUCUAGAGACAGGAAAAAGCAAGAAAAUUAAGAUAAGAAAAAGAUUUGUUAUUAAAUAAUCCAUAUUCUCACUUAAGUUCAGAAAAGAAAGCUGUUUUGACAAACCAAUCAUAUUAUAGUAGCAAUCACCCUAUUUCAAAAGAAUAUGAAUCUAUAAGAAAAGCAGAAAGAAUAGAAUUUUCAAAAGCUUUAGAGACGUCACAAGAAAUUGAAACUUAAUCAUAAACUUAAUAAUAACAAAAAAUGUAGUUGGGAAUGGCUAUGAAAAUGCUACACAACCAAUUAUAUAAUAUUCAAUUUAACAGUGAAUUUUGA